UUUGGCUUCUAGACUAGCAGCUGGCCGGACAUCUGUGUGAGAGAGUUCACACCACAGUACAGAAAUGUCCUUCGUAACCCUGGCGGAAAAUUGUAACGGGAUGAAUGAGAAACGAUAAACGAGCCCACCUGACGGUUCAGAAGAAAGUCCUGACUAGCAAGAGCCUGACUGACGUUACAGUUCAAAAUGGAUACUCCACUCCGUGGGGCUCCUCCCACUCCUCCACUAUCUCCUGCUCACUUCGACGUUGGCCUGGCCCGCGCCCCCCACAGCCCCACCCAGCAGUCCCGACGGUCACAGCUCAAUGCAGCCAGCAGGGUUGCUAUGCCAACGGGGACUGACACACCCACCACUAGUUCUCCACAGCCCUCGCCACAGCACACUACAGGUGAGGGUCUUCCUGGAGACAUUAGUUUACAGGAACUGGAGGAGAGAGCCAGAGCAGGAGAGGCUAAAGCACAGUCUGAGAUGGGGAGAUACUACCUGCGAUUGGCCGAGCAGGAGGAGGAUGAGGUGAACAGUGUCACCGCGGUAACGUGGCUUCUGCAGGCGGCGAAAAAUGGGCGGAGGGAUGCAGUGAGGCUCCUACAGGGCUGCCUCAACGAAGGGAGGGGCAUCACUGCGGAGAACAGGGAGGAUGUGCGUAGUCUUGCUCUGGAGUCUCGCUUUGAGAGGAGUGUGAGGAAGGCAGCUCUUCUCAUGUACUGGAGACUCAACCCAGAGAAGAAGAACAGCAUCACUGGCACAGAACUACUAGAGAACGCUACACACAUCAACACUGAGACAGAUGGCCCUGCUAUCCAGGGGCCUCUCUCCACAUCAGCUCUACGACAGCGGAAAGUGCUAGAAGGCCUGAUCUCCACCGAACGUCAGUGUGUGCAUGUGGAGGACUUCGUUGAGAGCACUAAGCGCUACGCGCUGGGCGUCGCCCCCUCAGCAGCAUUAGACGGCGCCACGGGAGACUAUGAUGAUGAUGAUGACGAAGAGCCAGUGAAGAACCCAGACCAGCUGCCCCUGCACCAGAAGGUGUUGAAGUUUCCGCUGCACGCGGUGUUGGAGAUCAAGGAGGUGCUGAUCGACUGGGCCUCUCGCGCCGGCAUGCAGUGGCUCAGCGCCCUGAUCCCCACGCACCACGUCAACGCGCUUGUCUUCUUCUUCCUCAUCUCCAACCUCACGCUGGACUUCUUCCUCCUGGCCGUGCCCCUGGUGGUCUUCUACCUGGCCUUCGUCUCCAUGGUGAUCUGCACGCUGCGCGUCUUCCAGGACAGCCGCGGCUGGGACAACUUCCGCGUGCUCACCUCGCUGCUGUCCCGGUUCGAGCCGGGCCUGGACGUGGAGCAGGCCGAGUCCAACUUCAGCUGGACUCACCUGGAACCACACCUCUAUUUCCUGCUCUCCGCCCUCUUCCUGGUGCUGGCCUUCCCAUUGGCCGACGAGGCCUGGGUGCCGUGUUCGGAGCUGGCUGCCAUGGCGAUCUUCUUCACCGUCAGCAGCUACCUGAGUCUGCAGCCCAUUGCUCAGCCCCUGGCUCGACACGCGCUAUUUGCCCAGGUUGGCAUUGCCCUGUGCACACUGGCCGACAAGCAUGUCGGCGGUUGGCUGGGCAGGCUAAUGGGCGGGGCCUGGCUCAGUGUGCCGCUUAGUGAUUUGGCGACGCUGAACGUGGGCGUGCCCUGCCUGCUCUACGGGUACCUCCUGAGCGUGUGCGGGCGCAUGGUGUCUCUGCGCGGGUUCCGUGGGUUCUACUGCGUCCUGCUUCCCUACCUGCUCUGCUUCGUGUGGGCGGAACUCGCCGGCACCCUUCUAGAACAUUCCUCCCCCAUCGGGCUGAUGCGCACGUGCAUGGGCUACCUGCUCUUCCUCUUCGCCCUGCCCGUGCUGGCCCUGGGGAUCGUGGCCGGCGUGGCCGUGCAGCUGGCCCAGUGGUUCCUGUCCCUGGACGUGGCCAAGAUGUCCGUGACGGUGUGCCUGUGCGCGUGCCCGGUGCUGCUGCGCUGGUGGACGCGAUUCAGCGUGUCGCCGCUGGCCGUGCUGCGCUCGCUGCGGCGCAGCAGCCUGGUCAAGCUCAUCCUGGUGUGGAUCAGCGCGCUGGUGCUCUUCUGCUGGCUCUACCUGUUCCGCAGCGAGGGCAUGAAGGUCUACAACUCCACCCUCAGCUGGCACGAGUACGGAGAACUCUGCGGGCCCAGGGCAUGGCGUGAGAGCAGCAUGGCUCAGACUCAGGUCCUCUGCAGCCACCUGGAGGGCCACCGCGUCACCUGGACCGGGCGUUUCCGCUACGUGCGCGUCACCGAUCUGGAGAACGGAGCGCAGGCGCUAGUCAACAUGCUCCCGGGCCCCGUCGCUGACUGGCUGCGCUGUUUCUACGGCGACGAGUACCCGCCGUGCGAGGAGCCGCCGCCUCAGCGGCCCAUCCCUGCCGACGCCCUUCCGCCCGACCCGCUGUGUCGCAUCAAACCCCUCGCCAAGCACGGCUGCCACCUCAAGCGAUACGACCGUCUCAAGAUGGAGGUGACGGUGGGGAUGCCGCGCGGCGACGGUACAAACGAGGACGACGCCACCAAGGACAUCGUUCUACGUGCGAGCGACGAGUUCCGCGUGGUUCUGCUGGCGCUGAACUCGGGCAGCCUGCUGGAGUUCAGCACGGUUCUGGAGGGCCGGCUGGGCAGCAAGUGGCCCGUGUUUGAGCUGAAGGCGCUGCGCUGCCUGAACUGCGGCUCUGGCGCCAACCCCGCCGUGCCCGCCGGGCGUCAGCUCAAACUGGAGCAGGACUGGCGCGCGCGCCUACGCCACGCCCUCGCCUUCGCCUUCCACUUCCUGUUCCACCCGCUGCUCUCCGUCCGCAGCGAGGCCGAGGGGCACGCCGGCGCCGUGACGACCGAGCUGCAGGUGUAAAGGUGGGGUGGGGGUGGUUGUGGUUGUCAUGGGAGAUCGUUAAGAGGUUUGGAAAGACAGUGGAAAUGUUUACAAACAUUUCAAUCACACUACAGUGUCCUGGUUGCAGGUAUUCAGUGUUAAAACAGUGGUAACACUGCUGUGUGUGUGUGCAUUUGCGUGUGUGUGUGUGUGUGUGUGUGUGUGUGUGUGUGUGUGUAUUUGUGCAUGUGUGCGUGAGUGAGAAAGCAAUGACAUAAUGACGCUAUGAUGAGAGUGUGCAAUAGCUACAAUAGCUUCUAAUGGUAUUCAAUAAAUAUACAAUGAAGAAAUCAGUGUAUGGCAGCCUUGAAACUAAGAAUAUUUCUUUGUUUGUGUGUGUCUGUGUAUCCGUGUGUGUGUUUGUGUGUGUGUGUAUGUGUGCUGUAUGUCUGUGUGUUUAAUUGACUGGUUUAGUCUAUGGUCUGAUCCUACCAAAGAGGUUGGGACCUUGUGCCUUUCAUAUAAAGGCUAGGUAUACUGAAUGGUACAAUAUAACUGGUGGUUAUGUGCCAUCUUGUAGUCAUAAUUAGCCUAAUUAUGUUUUAUUAGAAAUUAGUAGGGUUGUGUGGAACCUGGCCUUGAGCUGUUAAGUUAAGAUUUGUUUACUUGUUUAGAGUUUCCAAAUCCCUGCAUUUACCCAGAAAGCAGCUGGAUGGACAGAACUAACUUUCAUCAGGACGGGCUUCAUCAGAUGCGUACCACAUCUAGGUCUUACCCGUCCAGAUACGAGCCAGAUCCAGGUCAAAGUCAGACCAGAUACGAACCAGAUCUAGGUCGUAUAUGGGCCAGAUUCAGCUGCUGUCAAUGCAGGGAGUUAAAAAAGGUGUUGAACAGAGAUUUGCCUUUUUAUCACAUCAGGAAACAUCUCAGUGGUCCCCCUCAAACACUCAGCACCACACACACACACACAC